UACAAGCGGCCGGUUGUGUCGGUGAACGUUGUGUUCCGGAUUUAAACCUUUAUCCUCCUCCACUUUUAGAUCUACUGAUUUUCUUAGUGUAUUCUUUAGAUAAAAGACACGUGCUCUAAUUACUAGAGAAUGUCGGAAUUGGAUGUUUCCGAAUUCGCGGAUGGGGAGAGGGAUGUUGAGGAAAACACGAAACAAUCUGACGGCGGAAUGGCACCCACCGUAUCUAUCGAAGAAGUCGGGAUCGUCCGACCAAUCAAAGUGGCUGCACUGCUGAGUAUGAUCAUUGGUGUCAUCCUACUGUCUCUGGCUAUAGCGAGUAGCAGCUGGGUAAGGGGAGAUAACAAACAAGAAGGACUCUGGGCUGUGUGUUAUGAUGACGCCAACGAUACCGGUGUCAUCAACUGUAUGGAGAACGAGUCACGGAUAGGUUCCUUAGAUUGGAUGGACGCCUGCCGAGCGCUGUCGGUCAUUGCUCUUAUGGGAGGUUUCUCUGGAUUCAUCGUUGGCACAAUAGGAGUAACAACAUCUGAACUGAAAAUGAAGCCCUGCUUUUACACGACAUCCAUGGUGUUAAUGUUGCUAUCAUCUUUACCUCUUUUUAUAACGUUGAUCAUAUUCGUCAAGAGGUUCGUCGAAGAAAACCAGCCGGAGACGUGGUCAGUCGGCUGGUCAUUUGUCUUUGCUGUAAUAACCUUAGCACUCUACAUCGCAAGCGCCAUCAUUUUCAUCAUCGACAGAAAUGCUGACGAGAUCUUACUCUGUGAGGUUUCUACAGCUAAUGAAGAGAGUGGCAUCGAGGAAGAAGCUACAGACGUCUAGAAAGAAUUCGAAGGUUAGGACUAGACGGCGAUUUCUGCUGUGAACAUGUUCUCGAUCAUGAUCAGGAGAUGCCAAUUUUUAAGUGAAGUGUAUGUGAACCGAACUAAAAUAAUGUUCUGGGAAAAGUGUUAAAAAUGAUUACAAAGAACGAAAUGUUACCGAUCAUGAAAGGAAUUCCUUUUAUCCGGAAGCAUUCAAUCUUGUUCAUAUCCGGUUAAGUGUCAAGGUCAUAUUGGAGUUUGAGAGUCAACAAACAACAGUACCUUAUAAGGCAAGUGUGACGUCACGAGUGUAACCCUGGAGUGAAACGGGACUCAAAACGACCUAUAAGAGUCGAGGACCCUCAGUAUCCCUUGGAUUAUCCCUUGGAAAGGAGUGCUGUGCACACUUCUAAACUUUGAUCCGUCCCGAACCGCACACCCGCCCAAUGUGACGCCCAAACGUGACUUACGAAGUGUUGCUGUGAUAUUUUGAUUUCUGCUAUUUAAUAUAAUUAUAUAUAAAGUGUAUGUCGUGUGAAUGCUCCCUAUAUAUAUCAGAUAUAUCUUCUUCAAAGUAACAUGCCAUCGGGAUAUUCACCAUUAACGGAUGGAUGUGACGAUCUCCAGUAACAAAAUAUAAUACUUUGUAUUCAUAGAUACAUGUGAUUGAUAUGGAUGCAUAUUUCAUCAUAAGAAAUGAGCACAGAUACGGAUGUAAAAGAAGUGUGAUUAUGACGUCAUAUCAUAUGUGAAGUGUUUAACAAUGGCGGCCAAGAAUAUCGUGCAAUAGUGUAAAACUUGAAAUAUCUUUACAUGGAAUUUAGUUUGGAUGUGAACAGCAAACUGUGAUUUGAUGUCGGCUUUAUUGUUAGUAAGAAAAAAUGUGAUUUAAAAGAAUACAUAUAUAUGAAUUCAUGACGUCAUUCAAAUAGAAGGUCUGACUACGAACUGAUGUACUAUCACAGGCGGGAUCCAGCCAAUAUCCCACAAUGUAUUUCUCGUUUUGUCUGUAUCUUAUGUGAUUGGAAGAGAGUGAGGAAAUAGUUUUAUAUUGUCCAUGCACUCAUCCAUUCACAUCGCCUGAAUAUAUAGAAUAAGUGCAUAAUAGGCAACUCGAGAGACUCGUGGUUAUAUGAUACUGGGGCCAGAGAGGACCAAUUAUAAACGUCCAUCGUAUCACAUGACCUAUAUUGACAAUAUUUUAUGCAAAUAUGGAUUUGUCAAGUAUAUAUAUGCCGCAUACAUGCUCAGGGAAAGCAGUUGCGUUUUAAAUACGUACAUGUAGAUAUAUUGCCGCCAAAAGAAUGCCAGUCUAUAAGGGAUCGUUGCAACAAUAGCUUCCUCUAACAUAGGAGUUUCUCCUGACUCUAAUCAAUUUAUCUGACAGUGUGACGGCGGGGGUAAGAUAAGCAAAAAUGACUACCCUGAACCACUUAGAAAAAUCUAGCCACAGUCCGAAGUUUUCGUGAACUCAGUGGCAUUUAAAGGUAACUUCUCGAGGGAUUUCCAAAGACAGCUAAUUUUCGGAAAUAGGCCUGAAUAUUUAAGUUAUAAGGGAAUAUCUCUUGAAUUUAAUAUUAAUUUUUUUAUACAUGUAUAUCUUAGCUUAAGAAAUAUAGUAGUCCGUCCAUCGUGCGCUGCCGUAAGAUAUCUAAAAACGUUGGCUAAAUGCCGGACUCUUCACGGGUCAUUACUAUUUCGACUUUGAUAUAGGGAGGAAUCUUAACUACAUAAUCAACCGUGAUAGAGACCAAACGUAAAGAUAACCAUAACAGUUCGGACUACAUCUAACGAAGUUAUUUAAUCAGAAGUAAGCCAUGGAAGUAGUUAAAAUAAUGAUCUUUUGAUAAUAUAUUCCUUUGACACGCAAAUUCGUUUGUUUAAAGGGCAAUGUCAGCACCAUUUCUAAAACAAAUUAUAUAACACAAUGUAACGUGUAUUGAUGUUAAUAUGUAUAUGAUAUUGUGUUAUAUAUAUAUAUAUAUAUGUAUAUUUUAUGCAUAUAUAAUAUCGUAUGCUAAUCCCAUACAGUGAAUGUGUGGGAAAUAUGUAUAACAUAGUUCUGAAGAGAUUUUACAAAUAUACAAACAUUUAUUAUGUUGUUGAAGAUUUUCAAGCAAAAUCGAAUAGAAUUAUCAUAUCGCGAACUUUUACCUACAGUCUUUAACAUAGUAUAAGAUCCCUUGCAGACCGCCAUACUUUUUAUUGUUUACAGAUGUUGAUAUGUGAUUGAUCAAAUAUGUUUAUUUCAUAAACCGUACAUGCCGUUGUAAUAAGCCCGACAGAAUGAUUAUAUGUACAAUUGUACGUUAUAUAUAAAAACCGCCAUUGCAGCAGUUUCUAAUCCCUUUGUUUUACUCGAUGUGGCAUGGAUGACAAAAUCUAUGUCUGUAAGACAUUGGCACCGGCUUUGUGCCGCGUGUUGAGAACAGUGGUAGGGGCCCCCGACAGGGUGGACUGUGAAAUCAAAGGAAAAUAAAAACACUACGUAAUGAUGUGCUAAUCAACAAACAUUCUAGAUACCCUGAUUCAGUAUCCUUUGGAACCCGUCAUUGGUAUUCAUACGCUGGAUUGUGGUUUCUCCGAUGGCAGAUGUCGGAAUGCGUUAUGGUUGUGUAGAUGUUACAUCUACAUACCCUAAUCACAUAUACUUGCGGCACGUUCGGGCGUGUAUUGUGUAAAUGUUGUUUCAGUUAUGACAGAGAAUUAUGCAUAUGUGCAUUCCUGUUACGUCAUCAUAAAUUGUUAACCGAGUGAUGUGCGUCUGUUUCUAAUCAUACACCCGCAAUCGAAACAUUGACGCGUCGUCUAUUCUACAGUCUAUACCCCUACAUAUCGUAGAUUUAGUUUACGUCCUUGGUACAUAUCAGGCUUUGCUGAUGGUUACACAACUAGUGAUAGCGUCUUCACUUCACGUACAGCUAACCAUUAUAUACUGGUAAUUUCCAUCUGGAAUGUCGAGAAAAAGUAUAAAAAUAAUCGAAAUGAGCUUUUCUGACAGGAUAUAUUCAUAGUCCCGCAGUGACUACAUGAUUAUUCAUGACCCAUAUCAUCCAAUCAGCAUGACGUUUACUUCGUGUAAUACAUACACAUAUAUACAAAUGUAUAUACAUAAUAUUCAAAGAAUAUUAAAGUUUCAUAUCUUAGUAGAUGCAUUAGGACGGCACUGUUGCUAGAUUGUACUAAAAUAUCAGGCUAAAAAUAAAACGCUUUGGCAAUAAAUAAGAGUAGAACACACCUGCCAAGAGCUAGUCGCCACACACCAAACAAAAUAACACUAACGGGCACGAAGAUCAACAAAUAGUUCCUAGGGACAGAUAGAACACACUGUUAAUGAUACAGGAGGACGUAAGUGUUAGUCACUCUAGUGUUUAAUUAUAUAAACUACAGACAUUUACAAACAUCUCCUCGAGAUGAAUUCUAGUAGAUAAUGAGAAGUAUUUAUUUCUCGACUAGUAUAUUACAAUGCCCUAUGAUGUUUCUAUCGGAUAUAUUUACACUAGCAUCUAAUCGUAGUGAAUUAUUGUAAACACAGAUCCCCUUUUCCCUGUCUACUCUCUCUUUCUAUAUAUUGUUUCUUCUAUAGGUAGCCGCCACCAUGCAGUCCCCAUAUGACCCUCCCUGUUGGUGUCUCCUUGACGUCCGCCCUGGUAUGACCCUGGCAAUUGAUGUCACCUUGACUCCCCCCUCACAUGUCACAGGCUGUUGGUGUCUCUUUGACACCUGUCCUAACUGGCUGUCAGAUAUCCUAUGCUUAACUCUGCCAGCUUCCAUACUCAUUAAUUAACUAUGUCAGGUGCAACAUUCAUAACAUCAAUAUACUGAUGCAUUCAAUGUCGAUGUCAAUAUCUCAUACUGCUUGCUAUGCUAUUUGCGUGUGUUGGCUAUCAUAUGACUAAUAUGUUUUUUCUUGUAGCUUAUUACGCGAAGUUAGCAGAAAUGGAUUAAUGAUGGUUAUAUGGCACUUAACUUGCAAUUGUAAACUAUACAACAGUUGCCCUAUUGCCUAGGUUAAAUAUAUAUUCUAGUAUUGCUCGCCCCGGUUAUCAUCUAGCUACCAAUUACCUGCAGUCAGAUUGUGCUUGCAAUCAAAUCUAGAGGAAUGUGUAUUUUCAUUACAUCUCACUUGAUGUCAAGUCACUUAGAUGAUACCUCGCUAUAGUGGCCCUUAUGUGUUGUUAAUUUGGCAAAUUGAUUUCACUGUGACAUCAAUGACAUGCAUAUGAAUGUCUUUCACAUGUCAUAGUGUAUGUCCUUGUAGACUGUCACUUCUUGAUAGCACUAUCUUAUCUUCUCUACGGUAUAAUAUUGUCACUUCUUGAUAGCACUAUCUCUUCUACUCUACGGUAUAAUAUUGUCACUUCUUGAUAGCACUAUCUUAUCUACUCUACGGUAUAAUAUUGUCACUUCUUGAUAGCAUUAUCUUAUCUUCUCUACGGUAUAAUAUUGUCACUUCUUGAUAGCAUUAUCUUAUCUUCUCUACGGUAUAAUAUUGUCACUUCUUGAUAGCAUUAUCUUAUCUACUCUACGGAUUAAGGUUGUCACUUCUUGAUAGCACUAUCUUAUCUUCUCUACGGUAUAAUAUUGUCACUUCUUGAUAGCACUAUCUUAUCUACUCUACGGUAUAAUAUUGUCACUUGUUGAUGGCACUAUCCAUUUUACUCUAUGGUAUAAGAUUGCCGCUUGCUUGAUAGGACUAGCUCUUCUACUCUACGGUAUAACUUGUAUCUACUGUUGUCACUUAUUUCAGUGUUUAUAUGCAGACAAGUUCGAUGUCAGUCAUAAUAGCAGGUCGUUUACCUGAUAUCGGUUUGUUUUACCAGACUUAUUGUCAAUUGUCUAAAUUUCACGCGAAGACAUAUUUACAAUACAUUGAUUAUUUAGUAUCAAUACCAGUUACUUGCUAUCAAUUUUCUUUCCUUGUCUUUACAAAAUUCAGAAUGAGGUCACCAAUGAGUCUUUACUGCCAAGUAUGCGAUAUCGGCGACUAUUUUUAAUGUAAUGUUAUAGUGUCGAGGAACUAGGUGUCACGUGGUCCCUGAUGUAAUAUCGUAACAUGGUCCGUCUUAUGUCGCUUAAUCCAGCAAUAGACUAUAAUAAAAAAAAAUGGCUGGGGACUACUAACAAGGUCAUUGUGUUUUACUUGAUAAUACAAUAUAUUAUAAUAUAAUAUAUAAUAUAAUUAUAAUAUUAUAAUAUAUUAUCAUGUAAUGUAAUAAUCAAAGUCAAAAUAAUCAUAAGAUCACUUCAAGAGAAGAACAAAAGUUGUCCAUUACCAUGUUUACCCCAGGUUUUGCGUGUUGGUGAACUAGGUCGUAAAUUAGUUGUCAUAGUGAUGAGUGAGCGUUGUACCCGUGAGAUUGCACGUGAGAGCGCGAGAGAGAUUUAAAGUACGUAACAGGAUGUAUACAAAGUUUUGAUAAGAUUUAUGUGUUUGGAAAAGCCAUGUUUACCCUUGAUAUCUAUUUAUGGUUUUUCCCUUCGAGAUUUCCAUAUUUUUGUUAUGUUGAUUUUUGAAUCCCAGUGUCUUACUCUAUUGUUUCAAGCCAACGUUGGUUAAAUGUUUUCAUUCAGUUUUAAAUAAAUUUAUCCCUAUAU